UCUGAGUCUAGCCCUGGAGCGAGCGUUGGUCGGUCCUGAGCCGGAGUCUGAGCUCCUGCAGUCUCCGAGCACCGGGGCUAAAGGCGGGUUUGGGUUAGGGAUGCUACAAGUACACAUUCCUUCCGUGGGGCCGGAGGCAGCGGAGCCCGAGAGGAGCCUGGAGAAAGGACACAUGGUGUUCAGGGUGGAGGUCCUCUACAACGGGAGAAGGCACACAAUUCAUCGGCGCUAUAGCGAAUUCCAUGCCCUGCACAAACAGAUUAAGAAGUCUUGCAAAGUGCCGGACUUUCCCCCCAAACGCGUGCCUAACUGGAGGCCUAAGGUUCUGGAGCAGCGAAGACAGGGAUUAGAGGCAUAUAUCCAGGGUGUCCUGUAUCUCAAUCAAGAAGUCCCAAAGGAGGUGCUGGAAUUCCUGAAACUUCGACAUUUCCCUUCAGACCCUAAGGCCAGCAGUAUGGAUGCUCAGCUAUCCCACAGACCAGUCCUGAACUUCCACAGGGAUCCAUACGUUCAAAGCCCUCCUCUAGAGCCAAUCCCCAACAUGGUGGUGAACGGUGUGCUGCAGGGCUUCUAUGGCUGCAGUGGUUGCCCCACCAUGGCCCAGCUGAAGGACCCCUAUCUCACACCACCUUUACUACAGCCCGGGCCCUGAAGGGAACAGAUCAUCCCCACCAGCUGUGCUGUCAACCAGACCACUCUUUCUUGCAGCACCCUGACCCUUGGCCAAGGAGACCACAAGCUCAAAGCUGAACUCUUCUGACAGGACACAACUCGCACUAACAUUAAGUUUGGCA